AUGGCAAACAUUCCCACCCAGAAUGGUACUCCAGGAACCUCCCAACACUCUCAAGACCUGAGGGUCUCCUCCAGUGGGAGUACAACGGCAGUUCGCAAUGAAUUUGAUAUUGAGUUUGAGGAGACUUGUCCGGUAGAAAACAGCUUGAUAGUGUCUGAGAAGGGUCCAGAGACAAACAACACCCGUGGCCUCCAGGAUAAGAAUGUCAAGGAUCUUACUGAUUUUGGACACUUAGGUUCAGUGGCAGAGCCGACACAACCUCAGACAAAUGACGGUGAUGUUCGUGAAAUCGUGCAUCAUGGACUGACUGUCGAAGUGGACGUCACGCAGGAGCAGUCGCAUCAGCAGGCGUUUUCAUCGAUAGAGACCACCAAUUAUUCAAACUCAGAACUGGUUGGAACAGAGCAGGAAUACCCAGAUCCACCAGUGGCCACUAGCCUGGGCUUACCUGAAGGUUAUGUUGAGGCUUUAGGAACUAGCCGCCAGAGCAGUGCAAGAAUGACACCGCCAAUAUAUAGCAACUCAUACACACACAUCUCUCAGUCAUCUUCAACGAGCGCCUUGGAUAGCACACUGAACGUUGGAGGCGAAUCUCGAGCUGAAAUAUCCAGUUCGAGGAAACAGCUGUCGAGGGAUCUAAAGGCGAGGCUGUCUCAAAUGUGA